AUGAUCUGCCUAGCAAAGGCACUCAAUUUCCUAUCCCAGAAUGAGAGAAACGUAAAGGUACAUCGUAUGAAAAUUCCAGACCUAAUCAAGCUGCUCAGCAAACAUAAAGAGAUAAAGGAAGACGAUCUGGACAACAUAAACAUACAAAUCAUUAAUACCCUAAAUGAUAUCAACCCGAACAAAAUUAUAAACAAUAUAGUAAUCAAUAAUGUGAGAAGGAAGUACGAUUUAAAAUCGUUAAAGAAAAAAAUUUACUUCAACCAUUUGUUACUCAAAACAGGGGCCGAAAGGGGCACCUUGUUCAAAGCGUACGGAUACAAGGAGGAGACGAGCAGGAGUGGAGACUUACAAAAUGAGGCCACAACGGAAGUCGGCGAGGUUGGCCAUGUUGCCGAUGCUGGCCAUGUUCACCAUGUUGGGGAGAUUGCCGACGUUAACAAUGCGCAGAAAAAUAUAUAUGGAAGGAAUAGGAGGAAGGUGAAACAGACCAAAGGGUCCCAAAGCAGCAACAGUGAAAAAAGCACUCAAGGUAACGAAAAAGGAGAGUUAAACAUGGAUCUACUUUGGGAUCUGCCCAAUGGGGAAGAGCGAAAGGGAAGAAAAAAAUUUACCUUUUUCGAAUUAGCAAAUAGUUACUCCAACUUCAUCCUGGAUAAUAUUUUGAGACACGUCUGCUCGUAUAUUUACAACUACAAAAUAUUAAACAAAAUAAAUCAGGAAGAGAACAAGGGGCACGAACUGGUUUCGCUCUUUUUAAUAUCAAGCAUAUUUCACCACUUCUUCGAGUUAAAAUUUGGGUAUUCCUACAUGGUGCAUUUUCUCAAUGGGCUAAAGUUAUACAAAAUUAAGGGAGAAAUAAAUAUCGACCAGUUGAGCUUCGACUUGAUUGACAAGUAUGCCGCUGCUGUAGAAGAAGACAGGCGGAGUAUUCCCCCCGAGGGAGAAGCAGACCCCGUUUUGGAAAAGGUUUACGACGUAUCCUUCAUUAUAGACUACCUGAGCGAGCAUGCAAACAGGAACAAUCGACGAAUAGCCGAGAGGCACACCUUCUCCCCCGCGAACGAGCACAACUACUGCGUGCACACAUUUGAAGAUGCGAAAAAAAAGCGAACAUAUAUACUUAACGUGAAGGACAAGAUCUUACUAAGUUACAGCGCAGAAGAGUCUUAUUUAAACCACUUCCUACACAUUUUGCAAAAUAAGUACAACACUGAAAGGAUCAGUUUUUCAAGUUACUGUCUGUUGGUUCAUAUGUAUAGCAUGUCCAACCAUUUCGUAGUGAACAUGUUUGCCUCUCUUCCCCUCUCCUUUCAGAAGAAUAAAAUGGACGGAAAUAUGAACAAUUUAAUCAUUUUAUUAAAUUCGUGCAUUUUUUUCUUAAGAGGAAAGUCAUUUUUAAAUACGCUAAAUGCGUUCCACAUUCACGUAGUUUCAGAAGAUGAGGGAAAAUUAAUUGCCGACAAGGAUCGUGUGCACAAGGUUAAGGAAAAAAUGUACGCGUUUGUAGAGCAGCUAAUAAAUUACAUUUUUCAGAAUAAAGGAAUACUCAAUAAUAAUCAUUUGUUGCAAUUAUUUGAGAUUCUCUCUUUUGUAAAAUAUAACAAAUCGCUCUUCAGUUACAUUUUUAACAAAAUGAACGGCAGCCUUUGCUUGCUGGACAAAUAUCAAAUUUUUUAUUUUUUAAAUUCCCUGUCAAAUUACGACAUUGUGUGCAACGGCGCAAAAGGGGACAUUGGCAUGCACACGCUUAAACACCUGGAGCAGUAUUCACCCAAGGAGAGGCAGCGCCUGGAGGGGUAUCUCCACGCGCAGCAUUAG